AUGCCAGAUGGUGGACAUGUCGGAGACUCGGUGGCGCCGGAGCCCAAGAGCAUCGGAAACUUCUCCCUUGUUCGCAGGGUGGAUCUCGACUAUGCGCCAGGAAUGAGCGUCGAGAAGUGGAAGAGCAGCAAGACUGAUCUCAGCGUCUACUGGGCCAACUUCGAAAGCCCGCUGCUCAACAGCUAUUCGACGAUAGCUAGCGAAAUCUUCAACGACAGUGGUGUGCCGCACACGCUCGAGCAUCUCAUCUUCCUGGGCUCUGAACAGUAUCCAUACAAGGGUGUUCUCGACAACCUCGCCAACAGAGCCUUUGCGCAGGGUACCAAUGCCUGGACUGCAAACGACCAUACAGCGUACACGCUCACCACUGCUGGAUCCGAUGGUUUCCUGCGAAUGCUGCCCGUCUACCUCGACCACGUUUUCUUCCCAACGCUGACGAAGGAUGGCUUCACUACGGAAGUCUAUCACAUCAAUGGCAAGGGGGAGGAUGCAGGCGUCGUCUAUUCGGAGAUGCAAGGCCGCGAAAACAGCUCUGGGGAUCUCGCGGAGCUCGUCUUGCAACGUACUCUUUAUCCUGAUUCAUCGGCGUACAGGAGCGAGACUGGUGGCCUCAUGAGCGCACUUCGGGUUCUCACGGUCGACGAAAUCAGAGCCUAUCAGCACAAUUACUACGCUCCUCACAACAUUGCUCUCGUCGUCUGCGGUCCUCUUGACCGAAGCCAGCUCUUCGAGAGCCUUGCACCGGUUGAGGAACGCUUGCUGGACCACGGGCUCAAGGGAAAGCCCCCAGCCUGGAAGAGACCUUUCGUCGAGACCCCUACGAACCAGGUGCCCAAGAUCGAGAGCCACAGGGUCGUGAAGGUCGUCAAUUUCCCGGAGAAGGACGAGACCACGGGCGAGGUAAUGAUUACCUGGGUCGGCCCUGAGAUCACCGACCGCGUCACUGGCGAGGCACUUAGUGUACUGGGCACCUACCUCACUGACUCGGCCGUCAGUCCGAUACAAAAGGCUUUUGUCGAGAGGGAUGACCCCUAUGCUACUGAUGUCUUUUUCAAUUAUUCGGACAAGAUCGGCCGCACCGUCAUCACAACCUACUUUUCUUCAGUUCCCACCGAGAAGCUCGAGGUCCUCGACGUCGAGCUCGUCGAUACAGUCCUCAAAAAGAUUGUCGAGGAGGGCAUCGACAUGGACAGAAUGAAGAUGGUCAUCGAGAGGGACCGGCUCAAGCUCUUGGAAGACCUCGAAACCAAGCCGUCCGACUCUUUCGCCGACGUCAUCAUCACCGAUUUUCUCUACGGUCGUACAGACGGCGGUGAUCUGGCCGACAAUUUGGACGAUAUGAAGAGGCGAGACCUCUACUUGACAUACACGCCACAGAAGUGGUCCGACCUCCUCAAGCAGUUCUUUAUUGAUAAUGCGAGAGUCGUCGUGUCUGCCAAGCCGGCCGCGAGCGAGGUCGAUCGUCUUAAGAACGAGAAAAAGGCUUUGGAAGACAAGCGAAAGCAAGAGCUUGGUGAAGCGGGCCUCAAGAAGCUUGAAGAUGCUCUUGAGGCCGCUAAAAAGGCGAAUGAUGCACCAAUUCCACCCGAAAUGCUCUCGAAGUUCAAAGUGCCGCCCUCGUCUAGCAUCAAAUGGAUCCAGGUGGGCACGGGACGAAACUCGUCGUCUGCUUCGAGAGACACAUCCUCAGUCGCAUUGGACGUCUCUGGUUCUGCUCUUGACAAGCAAGUCCAGGCACACCUCGACAAGGAAGGUGUCCAACUACCCUUCUUUGGCGAAUGGGAUCAUGUCAACUCAAAUUUUAUUACCGUGGGCAUGCUCUUCAGCACCGCAAAGCUGCCCGCGCACCUUCGCCCGCUGCUCAACGUCCUGCUGUCGUCGCUCUUUUCACUACCGGUGACACGCGCCGACGGAUCCAAGUUGACGUUCGAGCAAGUCGUCAAGGGACUUGACGAAGACACCAUUAGCUACGAAGCCGGUCUAGGCGCCGGAUCUGGCUUCUCGGAGCUCGUCUCGAUCGACAUCAAGGUAGAAAAGCGAAAGUACGAAAAGGCUAUCUCGUGGCUCCGCGACCUCAUCUGGGGCACAGAGCUGGCGAUCGACAGACUCAAGGUGACCGCUGCCAAGCUCGCUCAGUCGCUCCCGGAACAGAAGCGAGAUGGAAGGGGAAUCUCCUGGGCUUUGCUCCGUUCGAUGACGCAUGACUCGGACAAGUCAUCCAGCGCCAGCAACUCGAUCCUUUCUCAGGCUCAAGCGAUCCCCAAGCUUGUUGAAAGGCUUUCCAAGCAGCCGGAAAACGUCGUGGUGGAGCUCGAGGAGCUUCGAAAGGCUCUGUUCCAACCGGAAAAUCUGUUUGUCUCGGUCGCAGGCGACGUGCUCGACACUGCUUUGCCAAAGGCACCGUUUGCUCGACUGGCAGAGCACAUGAAAUGGAGCGAGAGCGCGAAACCCACUGUACCGGUCCCCUGGUCCAAGGAUGUUUUGCAAGAGUUGGGAAAGGCGCCGGCAAAGAAGGGCCUGAUCUGCCCUCUGCCGACAAUCGAGAGUUCCUACGCCGUCUUCACAGGAAAAGGCGUGACUGGAUUCCAGGAUCCCGAUUCGGCUGCCCUCAUCGUAACGGUCACCGUCCUGAACGCCAUGGAAUCCUACCUCUGGCGCUUCAUUCGUGGAGCCGGUCUUGCAUACGGCGCUUCGAUCCGCUCAGAGUCGGAAUCGCAACAAAUUCACUUUAGCCUUUACCGCUCGCCCAACUCCUUCAAGGCUUUUGAAGAGGCCAAGAAAGUCAUUCAGCAGCUGGCGAGUGGAGAAAUGGAGAUUGACGAGCUCACACUCGAGAGCGCAAAAAGCUCCUUGCACUUUGCAGUCGCCGAUAGCGAGGGCACCGUCGGGCAAGCGGCCAAUGAGUGUUUCGUCGAUGCGGUGCUGAGGCAGACUGGAAAGGGUAGAGGUCAACAACUGCUCAAGGAGGCCGAGGCUGUCACGCUGGCGGAUGUUCGUGCGAGCCUCAAGAAGUACAUCGUGCCAAUCUUUGAUCCGUCAAGGUCCAUCUGCGCCGUCGUUUGCUCGCCCGGCGAGAUUGAGAGCAUGGAGAAGUCACUGAGGGACAUUGGCUACGACAUGGAGAGGCGAGAGCUCGACUUGGGCGCCGACGACGAAGACGGGGAUGAUGGAGAAUCAGAAGAUUCAGACUCGGUCAUGUCCGAGUCGGACAGUGGGCAGGGUGCCAACAAAAAAGUCAAGCUGUAG